UUUCAUACUUUUCCGGUGAAUAUUUCCAAGAUCAUUUUCCCGAUUGAUCCCAAAAAACUAUAUUUUAGAGAAGAGGAACCAUGUUUCCUGUAAGCAGUACUUGUAUGAAUAUAGCAAACAGAUUAACCAAGCUAACAUGUCUGACCUCAACAUUCAGUCAUAAUAAAUUAUUCAGUACAUCACAGUGCCUUAUGGAAUUAAGGCUUCGAGCAAGAGUAAGAGUCAUAGAUAACAGUCCAAUAGGAAAAGCCGCUGCAACAGCAGGAAAACCAGGAAAAAUCAUGCACGUUUAUAACGUAGCUGCAGUAGGAAGGAUUGGCGACAAAGUCAUGAUAAAUAUAAUGGGACAAAAAAAGAAAGGAUAUAUUGUGGGAUGUAGACAAAAACAAAAAACAAAUGUACCACGGUUUGACACAAACAAUGUAGUAUUAGUAGAGGAUAGCGGCACUCCGACAGGAACCAGAAUACGACAUCCAUUACCUUCUUGCUUGCGACACAAGAGAUAUGGAGAAAAGCAUAGCGGAGAAUUUACUAAAAUCUUAUCUAUAGCCACUAAGUUUGUAUGAUUUAGUGUAAU